CAUCUAAACUCCUCACUCACAAGCUCCUCACAGAGAGACACGGUGGCUACGUCUUUUCCGUGCCAUGAAAAAAUAUUUUCCUGUGUUUUUACAAUAAUAUAUCGUGAAUACAUUUCGUGAAUACAUUUCAUCGGAGACUACAGCUGUAUUUGACCUCUGACCUGUGAUCAGCAGAUUCAAAUCAAAAAGGAGUGAACACGUUGGAAUUCACGAAAAGCAGAACUACACUGGAAAAGUGAACAACGGAGGGAAAUACACAGGAGCCAUUGGACAGGAGACAACAACAGGACAACCAGCAAGCAAACAAAGAUGUCUGACUCCAACCCUCCUGCGCCGCCUCCUGUGCCUUCUACUUCUGCUGUGACCUUUGACCCCAAAUCUGAGGCAGUGAUCUUGCCAGGUGGUGUGGUCUCAGUGGCAGGCAUCACCGUGGUGACCGGUGGUGCUGAGCUGUCCUGGGGGUCAUGCCUGCUGGCCUUCGGGGUGUGGGGGACUCUGAUUGGCCUGAGUGUGGUCCCGCUGGGGCUAUGGGACCUAACGGUGAAUGGUGGGACCUCACAUCUCCUCCAUACUGGGUCGGUGGUGCUGGUUCUGGGUUCAGGGGUGGUGAUCUCGGUCAUGCUGUGCCGCUUCCUGAGAAGAAAGGGAAUUCUUUGUGAAAGAGAGGAUGAUGAUGGUAAAGUGGUGUUGGUGGGUGAGAGGGGUCAAGGCUGUGUGAAGACAGUGACGGUGUGAGA